AUGCUCACCCUCCUCGCCCUCACGAGCCUCCUCGGCCUCCUCACCACCCUCACCUCCGCGACAGCGCUCACGUACAAGCUGGUACCCAACGAGAAGGAGUGUUUCUACAGCUUUGUCGACAAGAAAGAUGCAAAGAUUGCCUUUUAUUUCGCUGUGCAGAGUGGUGGAUCGUUUGACAGCCCAGGACCGCAGCAGGGCAGGGAGCGCGUGAUCAUGGAAGGCGAGAAGGAGAGACAGGGUGACUUCGUGUUCACCGCAACAGAGGUGGGAGAGUACAGGUUCUGCUUCGACAACUCCGUGUCGACCUUUUCCGACAAGGUUGUGGACUUCGAGAUUACCGUUGAGAACGAGGCCCGCGCAGCCCUCCCACAGAAAGCCGGGGCCAACCCAGAACAACUCGGCGGCGUAGAGGAGACAGUGACCAAGCUCUCCGGCCAAGUCAGCACUCUCACACGGCAGCAGAAGUACUUCCGGACACGAGAGAACAGGAACUUCAGCACUGUGCGGAGUACGGAGAGGCGGAUAUUCAACUUCAAUCUGAUUGAGGGAGGGUUGAUGGUUGCCAUGGCUUGUUUACAGGUGUUUAUUGUGAAGAUGUUCUUCACUGGUGGGCGGAAAGGAUAUGUGUGA